AUGAAUGCACUCGACACCACCUUUGCCGCGCUCAGCCACGAGGCGCGGCGCGCCAUCCUGGCCAGGCUUGCCGAUGGAGAAACCCGCCUGUCCGAUCUCGCCGGCCCGUUUGCCAUGUCCCAGACCGCCGUCUCCAAGCAUGUGCGGGUUCUCAGCGAUGCGGGCCUCGUCACCGUCGAACAGCGCGGACGCAGCCGCUAUUGCCGGCUCAACGCGGCGCCGAUGAAGCAGGCGGCCGAGUGGCUGUCGGACUAUGAGGCGUUCUGGGGCCAGCAGUUCGACAAUCUGGCCCGCUAUCUGGCCGAAAACGGAGACUGA